AUAUUGUCAGUAGUUUAGCAAAGUUGCUCAUUGUGCCAGUAUCUAACUUGAUAUUGUGCUUAUCAUUCACAUUUCGAUCAUGUCUCCCACCCAUGAAAAAACGGACCCAUCGACCAGCCCCACCGACUUACCCACAACGAACUGCAAUGACCUAAUUACUAACGAGUUUUUGCAAAAUGCCCUAAAAAUGGAGGCGAAGGGAGGUUCUGUUUCGGAAAUUAUUUCCUAUCUUGCCACCCCUGGAUCGAAACUGGGGGAUAAUUAUGCAAGUAUCAUUUACUCUGUUGAUGUCAACUUAUCGGACGGAACUAAGCGUCACCUUCUAAUCAAAUGCUAUCCGAACCACCCCUCCCGACAAGAACUGACCAACAAGAUGAACUUGUUUUUCAAAGAGUGUGAAGUGUAUUCAAAAUGGAUGCCGGCAUUGAGUCGAAUGCAAAAAGAAGUUUUUGGUCUGGAUAAGGAGGAAGCUGUCAAGUUGCCCUAUGCGAAAUUCGUGUAUGGCGAAUGCAUCGAUUUUCAGUCGGAGGAAGGUGAGGCUCGAAAGUCCGGACUGAUCAGCUCACUCGAUAACUUUCUUAUUAUGGAAGACCUCCGAAAAACGUACGGUUUUCGAAUGACCGACCGUCGCCAACCACUCGACCUUGACCACAUGAAACUCGUCAUCUCUGCCUUGGCCAAAGUGCAUUCGGUGAGUUGGGCGUAUCGGAAUCACGUGGAGGAAAAUAUUACACAGAAAUUUCCUUGCUUUGUGACCAACAUGUCGGAAGAAGACGUUGCAAUUUUUAGCAAUGUCGUCCGCUCUAAUUUGGAACAAGCGAAGGGGAUUUAUGACAAAGAGUUUGGCCCUAAAAAUGCCUAUACUGCUGUAGCAGACAAGUUUUCUGGCAUGAUUGACAGGAUAUCUAGCAUGUUUACGGGAAGUGGUACGGCGGAAGGAUUUGAGAAACUUAUGCGUGUAACGUCCUCAGAUAAGUUUGGAAGAGAUGCAGAAAAUCCAGAACCUUGGCGGAUCAUAAGUCACGGUGACGUCUGGAGUAACAAUAUGCUAUUCCGAUACGACCCCGGGACCGGAAAACCCGUGGAAGUAAUUCUUAUCGACCUCCAGAAGCCAGGCGAAGCUUGUGUUAUGACCGACCUCCAGUACAUCUUCUAUCUUAGCACGACCCUAGAAUUCCGACGGAAAUACCUCGACGACCUCCUCCAGCUUUACCACGACACGUUCAACGGCGUUUGUGCAAAAUUGAGGACACCAACGCUACCCGGAUUUUGCAUGGAUUCACUCCGAUUUCGGUUCCACCGAGCAAAGCUGUUUGGCUACUACAUGGCCAUGAUGGGUAUCCCUAUGAUACUCAAGGAGGGCGAAGCGACCGACUGGGAGGACAUGGAAGGCGACAAAGAUGUCAAGAAGGCAUUCAUCGAGUUGUGUUCGGGGGCUGGGACGAAUAACACGGUUAAGGAGAGGCUUAUCGAAGUCACGAGGGAAAUGAUGGAGGAUGGGAUAUUUUAGCGAGAUAAGUAGGUGAAUGAUAAAUAUCCAUUGUUAUCACCAAGCGUGUGAUAAACAUAAAUUGAAAAAACUUGAAAUUACACUAUGUACAUAUAACGUACAAUUUCGAUACUAUUAAAAAUCCGGUAGAGUUACAUAUCUAUACUCCCGACCGGUAUUGAGUUGGUAAUAACUUCCUACCGGAUUGGUAUUAAUUAAUUUGUUCCUGAACCCUUAAAAUUCUAGCUGUUUUAUAUUAUAAAUAUUUCUUCAUGACAUCAAAAGUUCGUAAAAUUUAAAAUGAUAAAUUCUGCUUGAUUACUACGCGUAACAUGAGGCGUUUAAAGAACCUAGUUUCAUUCACUUUGUUAUAAAUGCACAUCACCAAGUGAAGAAAUAUGUACAUGCAUAAUUACUAUUACUGUAAUUAACAGUAAAUACAUUAAUUCUGCAACAACACUUAUGUAACAUAAGGAGAAAUUAACAGAAAAAUAAAAAAGUCAAGAAUACAUGAAACACUUUCA